AUGGAGGUAGCGAAACAGCUAACCUAUGGACUGAACUUAAGACGCUGCCUAAAAAAUGAGGAUUUGAUGAGUUUGAAGAAGGAGAAUCUGAAGCCUCUAAAAAAUAUUUUCAACAUAUCCAAAGGGAACGAUAAAACGAAGGGGGAAGAAAAGGAAUCAAAUGGCAAAGAGAUUAAGGAGAAACAUGAGAGGACAGUCGAAUUGUUGGAUUUUUCUGAAUUCAGUGCUGACCCCAAUUUGGUGGCAAACUAUAUGAAGAGUAAUAAAAUAAACAUUGAGUUUGUGAACUUCACAGGGAGUAUGGUUCCCAUUCGUUUUUUUAAGGACAUUUCAGUGGAGUCAAGUGAAGAAGAGGUCGGGGUAAGCGGAAUACCUACCACAUGGGUGGAAGAGAAGAAGAAGGACGGAGGUACCACCCCCACAAAUGUGGAGAGGAUAACCCUGCCAAGGAAUGAUUACCAAAAGUUGAUGAAUACAAUUAAGAAUACCUUUGGAUUUAAAAGUCCAACGAAUAUUCAGAAGAUUUGUAUCCCCACGAUUAUGAGGGGGUGGAACACCAUUUGCAUUUCUCAGACAGGAAGUGGGAAGACUUGCGCGUUUUUAAUUCCCCUCCUGAUUCGACUAAUUUGUUCAAGCAUAGAGGAGCAGAAGCAACAUCAGGUGGAAAGCGUGGUGGUUGAUUCUGUGUCGAAGGAGAAGGGCCCACAUUCCCUUUCCGGGAAGGAGAACAACCCUGAAUCGGAUGCGGAAGAGAAGAAAAAUUGCACUGCCAUUCGAAGCUUAAUCGUUGUACCGACAAACGAACUGGCUAGCCAGAUAUAUGAUCAAGCAUCCAUCCUGUUUGAGGCGUUUCCACAGUUUGCGGUUCUACACCUAACGAAGGAAGAUCAAGUGAAAGAGGAAGAAUUCAUAGAUGUGUGCAUCUGCACACCGUUAAUACUGAUCCAUCUGAUUGAAACGAAAAAAGUAACCUUGUCCAGAUGUAUGUUCAUCGUGUUUGAUGAGGUGGAUAAAUUAUUUGAGGUUAACUUUUUGGAUCACGUCAAAAAACUGUUAAAAGUAAUUCAGAAACGAAAAAUACAAAAGGUAUUCACCACAGCCACGCUACCAGGUAGAACCCGAUCCUUCAUCAGCACUCUUUGUCCCACUUAUGCAUUGGUAUACUUUGGCCAAAGCAUCAAUUCAGUUAAUAGGAAUGUGAAGCAGGAGUUGCUUUAUGUGAACAACGAGGAGGAAAAGGGUUUGGUGUUGCGGAAUUUGGUUGUGGGGGGCGGUUUGCACAUUCCCGUGUUGGUAUUCGUGAAUGGCGUGGAGAAGGCGAAGAAGGUGCAUGAUACUUUGCGUUGCGCGUUGAGCGGGGUUGCCAGUAUUGGUGCGGAGCACGUGGCGCUCCUCACGUCAGAAAGAACAAAAGAGGAAAGGAUGCAGGUUUUUAAGAAACUCCGGGAAGGACACAUAUGGUAUUUAGUGUGUACCGAUGUCUUGAGCAGAGGCAUCGACGUUCAUGGGAUCGAGACGGUAAUUAAUUACGACGUUUGUUACGAUAAGUACAGCUACAUCCACAGGGUGGGGCGGGCGUGCCGGUCAGAUUCGGAGGGAGGCAAGGCCAUCACCUUUUUCAUGCAACAGGAUGUUAGGCACAUGAAGGAAAUUAUAAAGUUCGUUAAGAGUAGUGGUACGGAGGUGCCGGCCUACCUGCAGAAUUUCCCCUUUAGGGCUUCGCGCGGAUUGGGCUUCCACGCUACGGGUAAGAAGGCUCAUCUGAAGGGGAAGAAGGCUCAUCUGAAGGGGAAGAAGGAUCAUCCGAAAGGGAAGAAGGAUCAUCCGAAAGGGAAGAAGGAUCAUCCGAAAGGGAAGAAGGAUCAUCCGAAAGGGAAGAAGGAUCAUCUGAAAGGGAAGAAGGAUCAUCCGAAAGGAAAGAAGGAUCAUUCGAAAGGAAAGAAAACUAGUGUGAAGGAAAAAAAGUCGGGUUGUAAAGCAAAAAAAUUAGGCUUUAAGGAGAAAAAAUCGAGUAGGAAGAAGGCGUAA